AUAAAACGCAUCAGAUCAGUUUCUUUGCUACAUUCAGUGAGUCUCACUGUGGAACAGGAUGUGUGUGUGUGUUUGUGUGUGUCUGUGUGUGUGUGUUCAACACGUGUGCACGCUAAGCAAGAACGGGAGAGGAUGUGUGCGGGCGGGCGCGGCCUGAAGAGCGAUGCGUGAAGCGACGCGUCCACGGGAAGCGAGUCGACUGCCGCCGCUGCUGAAGCUCUUCCUCAGGUCUCUGCACCCGGCCUCUUUCCGAGAGCUUAACACACGCACUGGCGCCGCUUUCCCUCCCGUUAUCUCUUUGUGUUGAUGAUGUGGCGCGAGACCAGUUUGCGGUCAGCGUAGGCGUGUCGCAGGGGGGGGGGGGGAGUAGACGGUCACAGCUGCGCGCCUGAGGAUGUACGCCGUCGGCCAGAGCCAGCGAGAUCAGAUGUCCGAGCUGCUGAAGCCUCACCGAGUGUGCGUGCUGCUGCCCGUCGUCCUGAACCAAUCGGCUGCGGCAGGCGGGGGGUCGGCCGGCCGGUUCGUGGUGCUGAGUCUAUGGAGAGGUUACCUGGUCGUGAGCAAGCCACCUGUCAGGGUGGAGAGCACUUUCAGCUUCUUGGAGAUUCGCUCCAUAAACAUCCACAGUCUCACAGAGAUCGUGUUGGAGGCCGACGGACUCACUCUGUCCUUCGGUGUGUCGCACGUUGCGGAUCUUGAGGCCAUGGUCAGUCACGUGACCGCCUCUCUUAAGAGGGUCUUCCCUGAUUCCUCUCCAAGAAAUCUGCUGAGGACGAGUCCUGCAGACAUCCAGCAGAGGCUCCUCACGUUGACGAGCGCGGUAGAAGAGCAGCUGGACAGUUGGCCCGGUCCCUGUGGAGGAUUCUCUGACACCUACGCGGCUCUGUGCGACUUCAACCGGACGCCCGUCAGGGAGGAGAUCCAGUGGGAUGUUGACAACAUCUACUGCAUCAACAACUGGAGAGAGUUCAACCUGCAGGACUUCAGCCACAUCGACAGCAGGGACCUGGCCGUAGCAGUGUCAGCUCUGUCUUUCAACCGGUGGUUUACCAAGAUCUCCUGCAAGGACCUCAAACUGUCAGUCGACAUCCAGCAGGUGUUGAUUUUCCUGCUGUCCAGAUCUCUCAGUCUGCAGGAGCUUUCACUGGAGGCCAGCGGACUCAGAGUGGACUUUGCGGUCAAAGUGGCAGCAGCGCUGCGGGAGCACCACUCCUCCGCCCUGCAAUCCAUCAACCUCUCGGGCAAUCCCAUCGAAGACAAAGGGGUCAUCGCUCUCAGUCGGGAGUUGGAGAAUCUGGCUGAAGGACUCAAGGAGCUUUCUCUAUCCCGGGUGUCGAUGACUGCUAAAGGUCUCGGCUCCCUGAGUCAGGUGUUGUCCUCCACUCGGCUGUUCUCGGCAUCUCUGACCCACCUGGACCUGUCGGGUAACCCCGGCAUCCUGGUCGCCGAAGACGCAACGUUUCUCUUUAGGUUCUUAUCCGGUCCAAACUCUCUGUCUCAUCUGGACCUCAGUGAAACCAGCUGCCCUCUGGACACGUUAUUUGUGUCCCUGUCCGCCGGAUGCUGCAAACUGAAGCGACUGAGCGCGGCCAGAAACCCCUUCAGCCACAGAAAGGUGCAGAAGGUAACCAGGAGCAUUCGGGAGUUCUUCAGUCAGAGCACUGAGCUCCAAUAUGUGGGCCUGUCUGCAACCAAACUACCUCCACAAGCCCUCAGGUUAUUACUACAGGGUCUGGCCACCAACACCCGUCUGUCCGGGCUGGAGUUGGACCUCAGUAGCUGUGAGCUGCGUUCCGCAGGGGCCCAGGUGAUACAGGAGCACAUAUCUGAAGCCGCGUCUAUCAGAAGUCUGGAUCUCUCUGACAACGGCUUCGAGAAGGACAUGGUGACUCUGGUGCUGUCCGUCGGCCGGUGUCACGCCCUUCGACGUCUCGCGCUGGGGAGGAACUUUCCCGUGAAGUCCAGAGCGCUCACCGAUGUCGUUCACCGCAUCGCUCAGCUCAUUCAGGACGAAGAAUGUCCCCUGCAGUCUCUAUCGAUGUGCGACUCCAAGCUGAAGAGCGCCAUGCACGGCCUGCUGAGCGCUCUGGGCGGCCACGCCGCUCUGACCGAAGUGGACAUCAGUGGGAACAACAUCGGAGACACUGGAGCCAAGAUGUUGGCCAAAGCCCUGAUGACGAACACCAGGCUGAGGACCUUGACAUGGGACAGGAACAACGUAACCGCCAAAGGUCUCCAGGAUGUGGCUGAUGCCUUGGAGAGGAACUUCACUCUGCUGCAUGUGUCCGGCCUGGCUGACAUCACCCAGAGUUACCGCAGCAACCCCGAAAGAACCAAGGAGGCUCUGCACAGGAUUCAGCAAUGUUUGGACAGAAACAACCGGAGACAGUCGGAAACGGUGGAAGCUCAGAAAGGGUUCGGAGCUCGCCAGUCUGAGAAGAAGGUCCAGGAUUUGUGUCAGCAGCUGAAGAACAGCCUCCAACAUCUAAACCACUGCAGCGUUCAGGAGGUCCAGGAUGACAUCGUGACUGCACAUGAGAUGCUGUACACCGCGAGGGAAUCCUUGAAGCUGCUUCCCUCUCUGCGCGAGGCCGGCAGGAAGUGUGCCCCUGAUGGUGACUUGGUGAACUGCACCCUCGCCGACGCCGCUAAUGCGCUAAUGAACGAGUUCAACGGCAGUAUACAGGCGUUGGCUCAAGACCUGAUGAGGGGUGCAGAGGCGACGUGUCCACAAGCGAUCCAGCGAUCCAGGGUGUCAGAAUGCCUGUCGGAGUGCGUGUCCAAGAGAAGUAGGCAGACCGACACAUUCCUGACAAGAACCCUGGUGGAGAAUAUGGGGCCGAUCAUCAGCAACAAACUGCGUGAACUGAGACAAACAUUCAGUGUCUCUCUGGCUGAAAGCCUCAUCGAACAGGUUGUUCACGAUCUGACAACGGCGCAGCACAAAAUGGAUAAUCUUAUAAAAGAAAAUGUGUCUACUGCCCUGAACAUCGACGUCCCAGAGCUUCGACUGGUCCACAGUGACUUCCCGACUGAUGACUACAGUCCGGCAUUUUGGAGGAAUAGUUUCCACUCCAAGAGCCUGAGGCCUGCUCCUUCAAUUGAGAGCUUCCUGGAUGCCGACUGGGAGCAGCAGACCAGGGACGCAGGAGCAGAGCGACAGGGUGGAGGAGGAGGAGGAGGAGGAGGAGGGAGAAGGUCCUGCCUCUCCCGGUUGCCGAUGGCAACCCCGCUGUCAGUCCGGUUUCUGAGCCCCUCCCCCUCCCUCUCGGGUCCGACGGGGAGGAGGCGGAGGGAGGAGGGGGAGGCGGCGGCAGCGGAUGCUGCGGCAGCGCCAAUAUCAAGGAGCGAGCGGAGCGUCGUCACUCCUCCUCCCGGCCCCCUUCCCCUCCCGCAAUUCGGUCCCGCUCGAGCUGCAGGCGAGGAGGCUGCCGGCCGCGGCGGCUCACCCAGACGACGCGCUCCCGUCCCGACGCGCCCUAGCCCGGUCCCCCUCCCCGGCUCCGGAUCCCCCGCUUCUCCCAUGGAGCCUCUACCCACCCAGGGGCAGAUUCUACGGCACUACACUGCCACCCGUCCAAGGCCACGGCGCACACACACGCAGCCCCCCUCCCCCAGGCCUCAGGAGCCGGUUAUAAAGGCGGAGAAUGAGGCCAGUGAAGCGAUGGGCAGAGUGGACGAAGGAGUAGAAGAGUUCUUCACCAAGAAGAUCAUUCCUGACCACCCGCUAAAAGGCCGGUGGGAGGAGUCAAUCCCUGCCCGAGCCACUCCCUCAGAAUCCAGCUUCACCCCCUCAGCAUCAACCCCCUCUUGCUCCUCGUCUGACAAUAUCCCCCCCACCCCCACCACCUCCACCACCACCACCACCACCACCACCACCGUCCCCUCUCCCUCCUCUCCGCGUAUUGACACAUCCCUCCCAUCCGCUGACGUUGCACCCCUCUCUGCACCCUCCACUUGCCCCACCCCCUCUUCUGUCACCAACACCACACUCCCCAACAAAAACGUCAAGAAAAAGUUUGGCGACUUCUUUGCCUUCAAGAGGUCUCGGGCCGGCCGAGCCACCAAGGCAGGAGGGGGCGAGGGAGGAGGAGGAGGAGAGGGGGUGAAGGUCAAAAGGACCUCCAUUGCAGACCUCAUUCGACCCCUCCGCGAGGCCAAAGACAGGGAGAGGGAGAAGGGGAGAGGGGCAAGGUCAGUGGAGGAUGCUAACGUUUCUGAUGAUGCCGCCGUCACAGAAGGGACCGUCGCCACCGGCCAACGUCUUGCCGGCGAUGCCAGGGGAACGACGCCGCCGCCGGCCACGGCGUUAACCACGCCGGCGGCCCCCAGUGAGAUCCCUCCCUCUCGCGCCGCCACCGCCGCCGCGACGCUUUCCGACCCGCGAGAAGAGCCGCCUCCCGUCUCACCGGGCCGCACCACCCGCGGCCCCGCGGCCACCUCCCCUCCACCGGGGCAGGAGCGGAGCGGCGGCGGCGGCGGGCAGGCGAAGGAGAUGAGGUUAGCGGGGACUCCGCACGGUGAGAGGCGAGCGAAGGUGACCAAGAGGUCACUGAGGGAGGGCAAGAGCCAGAGCCUCAUACUGCUGACGGGAUUAGAGCCCGAGGACAAGGACGGCAGACACAAGAAGUAUGCGUCUGAGAGCACAUCUAGUUUUGAGCAGAGACUUCAGGUGAUGCUGCACAGAAUGGGCGUGGCCAAAACCCCACCAGCCCAAACCAAGGCGAGCCAGAACACAGAGGAGGACCUGAGAAAGGCCAACUCCGAAGGCGCUAUCCUGGACAAACCUGCCCCCCCUGCCACGCACACCAAGCCACGAACCAUGUCCACUUCAUCAGCAGACCCCAGGCAUCCCGUGAGAGCGCUGGACACCACCCGCCCCGACUCCCCCCCUCCCCUGAAGCCCGUUCCCUCCGAGCGCCCCGCCGGGCCUCUGCCGCCCAAACCUGCCGUGAAGGCCAAGCCCCCGCUGCCCCCCCCGGCUUCUCCUGCCGGCCUCGCCUCUCGCGCCGGGAGCUCGGCGGGGAGGGUCCAGCUCAGAGCGCACCUUCACGACGGCAGGCCGACGGAGACGGCGGCAGAGAAUGGGAGCCAGGGGCGUCUCCAGGGUGCCGACUUGGCCGAGCUGCUUCAUCAAGCCCCGUCUCCAUGGAGGUGUCCCGGCGCACAGGAUCGUUCCGAGAAAGCACAAUCGGCGACCGAUGAGAGUCUUCCUAGGACACGGCAACACGCGAAGGCCCUCCCACAGCGCAGAGCCGUGUCCGUCCAUGAGGACGCUCUGGCCAUGACUCAAGAGCUGAAGGCAGUGUUACAAAGAUCCCCCAUCCGUUUCCGUGGAAACAGAGGAGACCUGCCCACCUGCACCGAAGAUUCAUCUGGAAGGGAGGAAGCAAAAAUAGCUCCGGAGGCCGGUGACGGGGGGAAACGGGAGCCCGAGGCGGAGCCGGGGAGGACGGGUUGCGAAGAGGAGACCCGGGGCCCGGGGCGUCCGUCCUCUGCAGCUCGGGGUCCGCAAGAAACGUUCGCAGCCGGACUUGUCAGUCCGACUGCAGCUCGGCCCGUCCUCGAGAGGCCUCCUGCCGCAACCGAGAGCCCGGAGAGGAAGCCCGCUUUUCCCGCCACGUGGGAGAAGAGGAGCCCGGUCGCUCCGCCGUCGCCGCAAACUUUCGAAAAGCCGACGCCGGGCGAAAAGAGCCCGAGCGCAACGCAAACCCGGUCGCCGGAACGCCCCAGGGUGAGCCCCCUGUCCCACAAGAGGCAGAGCCCCGGCACGUCACCGGCCACGGCUGACGCGGGGGGAGGACGCGCAGUCUCUAAACCGCACACGAUGAAGGCCGAGCCGGCAGACCAAAGAACUGAGCCGCCUCCGUCUGAAUAGCGAGCGCACAGGAGGAGCCACAGGUCUGUGAACGCGGGCGGGAUUGCGACGUUGGGCGGGUGCACUUGAUCCCAGGACGGCACGGGUGCCGCAUCAGCCGGCGGAGAACCGCUGCUGUGUCCCACGACCGGGGGGGGGGGGAAGUGUUGUUGCACGUUUAAGGCGCCGAGCCAGCUUCAGCCGAACAAGCAUCGGCAAAACGCUUGCAGGGGAAGUUCAUCAUUGUGUCAAACGACAGAGUGACGUCAUUAUGAGUUGAUUCUUUCACUUUUCCUUCCUUGAAUUCUUUUUGAAUUUUUUUUUUUCCCCCAAGGUGAGCAAGUUCCAGGAAAACGGCGUAGACAUGUUUCGUUGUGACUUUGAUUUUGGAAGUUGGUCUACAUUUGCUCCCAGUCUUCCACUGUGUUGGUCAUCUGUUUUUUUUUUGGGAACUUAAAGCCGGGUCAUUGAACCGCUCACUAACACCACCGACUGCCGAGGACGCUGGCAUGCAGGACCACAAGGCGGCUUGGAAGUUGUGCGCACAAACGGGCUUUGUCGUGAUACUUUCGUCCGUUGGCUGUGGAUUACUGCGCUCACGCUGGUCCCGAUCCAUGUACUGUAACAGCGUUUGUGCUACGAGCUAUGCCAUCUCUGGUAGGACAGACCAUGUGACAGGAAGUAGUCUUUGCCACGUUCACGUCAGCCCACUGAGUAACACGUGUGAUGAAGGGAAGCCAUGUUUUUCUUCUUCAUCCUGACGUGGUUUUGAGCUGGAACACAAAUCAGAACCACUUCAAUGAUAAAAAGGCAAAUAGUAAAAUAUCAGAAUGUGAUUGACAAACAUAUUACAGUGUUAGAAGGUGUUUAAUAUCCCUUCUCUUGCCACCCUAUCCCCGUCCAUCUUUAAACCACAGGUGAGACGGGUUGGCAGGGGGCAGAAAACCGAUGAAUUGGCCAUUUUUGUUCAUGGACCAGGUCCAUUGGCUCCAUCAAGCUCACGGGGAGAGAUGUAACUGUACGUCAGGACCUCAGUAGUUCACCAUGACAAUUCCCUGUUAUCGUUUAAGAUCAUUCUUUAUAUUCCGUUGAGAAAAAAAAAAAAUAGACAAACGAAACAACGAUACGUGUCUUAUGCCACUUUCUUUAAAGAAAGGGCCAACAACUAAACGCAAGGUCCAGUUCAGUCAGUCGGUAUAUGAUUCCCGAUGAAGAGCCUCGUCACCAUAUUUGGCUCAGUUGUUUUCUCUUUGCAGGGGAAUUAUUCAUUCAGGGGAACAGCACAAGACCUUCGACUUCAUAAAGAAAUCGUAAGGUGGUAACUGGGAGGUUUGAAACCAGGCAAAUGUCCGGCUGUGUAAAGCUUAGUUUUUCAUACAAAUUAUGCUCUUGCUAUAAAGAAUGGAGAUGAACACAACAUCUUUAUAAAAAAAUAUAGUUUAUCCAAUGAAAGAAAAUAUGUCAAACGUGUUUAUUUUCUCACAAUUUGUAUACAUUGAAGAUGAUGUCAAACACAACCUUUGGUCCCGUUAUGCCAUCCAUGCGAUGAAAAUAUGUCCUGACUUGUUAAGAUGUCUUUAUAUCCACCUUUUUACAAUCUCACAGGGGUCACUAGAGUUCUGCAUGCAUCUGUUGACUCACAUCAGCGUGUGACAUUCAACUCGAUUUAGGUUCCACCCUCCAUCAAACAACCACACACACGUAAUCGUCCCAUCGCGCGACGCCGUAUGACCACACGACGAUGUGCGAUAGCGGCAGUGUGUUCGCUCCAUCGAACUCUCAGGGCGGCUGUGAUGAACCUGAGCCUCCGUCUCAUCUCGGGGGAAGAGUUUACUUCCACCCCCCACGUUGCUCUCGGCCUUGCACGCACAGCAUAUGUACAAAGCUACAUGAAGCAAAUAGAAACAGAGCUAUGAACAGAGUGUAAAUCCAUAUCUAUACAUGUUAAUGAUUAAAACGAUUACGUUGUGUCAUGA